AUGAAAUUCGGAUCGUCGGUCCCCAAGAUCGGACCGUGUGUAUCUAGCUAUAGGGCUAUGGGACGGAGCGGAGAGACGGCGCGUUGCGACGAAAAUAUCGGAGGUGUCUCGGGUGCUCCUGAGACGUUGGGGGGAACACGCCCCGGGGGCGACGGGGGAGGGGUGGGGCGUUCCCGGGUCACGGAGGGAUCAUGGCGCGGGAACAAAAUUAAGGCGUCACGAUGGGAAUGCUCGCAAGGCUGCCAAACGGAGGGAGGUGGCGAGUGGGCCGCAUUCACCGUGGACGGCCCCGCGGAGCGCAAGAUGCCCACCGAAAGCCAGUUGUACGGU